UACAUGGAGUUACACAUACAACAUUAUGGCGGCAUGCAAGAGAACAGUUAACGGGACAUCCCAUUCGCAUGUUGACUACCAACGAGGAAAUGGCACUUGUGACAUACAUUAAAUACUCCCAGGAACAUUCCAUGCCGUUGACUACCAAAAUGAUAAAGACAUUUGUACGGGGCAUUGUAAAAAAAAGUGGAAGGACAUCAACCAUUGGGGAAAAUGGACCAAGCAAUAAAUGGUUCAGAGGCUUUCUGAAACGUCACCCAGAUUUAAAGAUGAGGAAACCCCAAACAAUUGAUGGUGGGAGGGUUCGGAUGGCAAAUAAAACUGUCAUGAAGCAAUAUUUUGAUCUCCUCCAUAACACUAUGGAAAAACAUGGACUCCUGAAUAAACCAGAGCAGAUUUUCAACUUUGACGAAACUGGCUUUGGUAAAGGGAUAAUUGCCCAGGACAAAGUUUGUACUGGAAAUGGUAACACAUUUACUAGACAAACAUCAUUGACAACACAUUCAACAGCUGCAGUGUGUGUAUCCGCCAGUGGACAGGUGUUGCCCACUUUCUUGAUUUAUGAAAAGAGUUUUCCGAGUGGCGCAUAUAGGGAUGGCAUACCUGGAAACUGGCUCUUUGCCACUUCUCCAAAUGGAUACAUAGAUACAGAUCUAUUUCAAAGAUGGUUUGAGAAUGUCUUCCUUGUGUAUGCCCCUAAAGCUCGUCCUCUAAUUCUCACCAUGGACAACCAUGAGUCCCAUCUGUCAAUUGAGACGAUAAAACUGGCAAGGGAAAACCACAUAGAGCUAUUGUGUUUGCCCCCUCACACCACGCAUAUUUUGCAACCUCUUGAUGUUGGCCUCUUUCGUCCCAUCAAGAAGGCUGUCUGUGAAUUUUCAGUCAGUCUAGGAUAUGCAAACUCAUCCCUGGUGAUUGGAAAAAAUAGACUUGCUCAACUAUUAAAGGCUGCUAUCGAUAAAGCGUGCAGUGUGCACAAUAUAAAAAACAGCUUCAGAAAAUGUGGAAUGGUUCCAUUCAACCCGGACGCAAUAGACAAAACAAAACUUGCACCAUACAAUCCUGUAUUUCAGGUACCCGGUCCAGGAGGAGACAACUGUGGAAAUGCAGAUCCGGUCGACCCAUUAUGCGAGGCCUGUGGUCAAUUUGUGCAUGGUCAUCCUCUCGUCACUGGAGGUCUAAUUCCCUCUGACCUUGCCAGCAUCUUGGUCCCAAUUGCUGAACCUGCCAAAAAAAAGAAAACAAGGAUAGUAACAAAGUCAAGAGUGAUAACAGGUGAUGAAAUCUACAAGCAACUCGCCGAGAAAGAGCAACAAAAAAAACGGAAAAAACCAAGUAAAGACAACACAAAAUCUCCAUCGACUAAUAGCAAUGAAAAUGAGGAAAAUGAUGAGCCCCUGCCAACUAUCAAACCUCCUCGGAAAAGAAGACCGAAGACUUUGUCCAAGCCUAUACCUCCUCAAAGCAACCACGACCUCGCUGCUGAGGAAUUCACUUGUGGUAUUUGCCAGUUGAGAGGGUUCGAGGAUGAUGAGGAACAUGGCAUACUGUGGGUUGGGUGCGACAACUCUGAAUGUGCCAAAUGGUACCACAGAGAUUGUCUACCCACCCUUCAGCAUGCUGAUGUUGACCUCAGCAUCCUCGAACAAUCUGAAUGGCAUUGCCAUUUAUGUAAGGAAGUUCAGGAGAAGGAAAAUUAUCUAUCAACAAACCAUUCCAGUGACUCUGUGAUGAGCAUGAUAUGUCAAGUUUGCAUGGAACAUGUUAUGGAUGUCAGUGAUCAAGAUCAACUGCUAUAUUGGGCAACAUGUGAAAAUCUUGAUUGUUGCAAAUCUUUUCACCAGGCAUGCCUUCCACCACGGGUCCACAGAUGCAUGCAAUCCAAUGCCACUACAGGAGUCAAAUGGUACUGUGGAACAUGCUAAAAAAAAAAACUUUCUGUUAAACAUGUAACUGUUACUGACAAAGUUGUAAAUGUAAGUUUAAAAUGACAAUAUUGAUACAUCACAUAUUAAAUAUAAAUUAUUGAUAUCAUAUAUUAUGAUACAAAUUUAUUGUUUUUUUAUGGUUAAAUAACAGUGCGUGUGUGGUUUGAUGGGAGUUAAUGUAAACCGAGAAAUUCUUUCUUAAUUUUUUUUAAGCAAUGGAACGUUUUGCAAACUUUUGCAAAUGAGAGUGAGACGGCGAGUGGAUUUUUUUAGUGUUGUCUAGUAACCUAAAGUUAAAAUUGGCAUGUGUGACUGUGCUGAUGUGAGUGUUUCAUUGACUGUAUAUAUAUGGAAUGUUUGUCUUAACAGAGUGUGUAAUGCAUCGUGUACUGCUGAUAAGUGACAGGAAAAUUCAUGAGAAGUGUAUUUUAAGAUUUUAUGUGUCUAUUAAAAGUAAUGAAUUUAUCA